AUGUGGAAACAUAUAAAAUUUGUCAUACUAGCUGUUCUACUUAUAAUAUCUACAUAUUAUUUAUUCAUACUAUAUGGUUCAUCAAUACUACCUUACACAAUAGAAAUAGAUUACGUACCUCCAAAAUCAAAACUACUGGAAUUAUUAAAAACACAUGAGAACUAUAGAGUUGAAGGUUUAAAUUUCCAAUCAAAUGCAAAUAACCACAUAUAUACAACAGGAGUUGUUUCAGAACAAUUAGCUUCAAUUUUCCCAUACGAUAUAAAUUCAGAAAAUCCAAAAACUUUAUGGCAAACAUGGAAGGUUGGAUUAGAAGAUAAAGAUUUUCCAUAUAAAUAUAAAGUUUAUCAUGAUACUUGGGUUGAGAAAAAUUCAGAAUAUGAAUUUAAUGUAGUAACCGAUGAAAAAUGUGAUCAAUUAGUGAGUGAAUUAUAUAAAGAUGUUCCAGAUGUUGUAAAAGCGUAUCAUACAAUGCCAAAAAUCAUUUUGAAAGCUGAUUUUUUCAGAUACUUAAUUUUGUUUGCUAAAGGUGGUAUUUAUUCAGAUUUAGAUACAGUUUCACUAAAAUCUGUCAAGGAUUGGCCAAGUUCUCAACUGGAAUACUUAGGUCAACCAAAUAAUCCUGGUUUAGUAGUUGGAGUCGAAGCUGAUCCAGAUAGAGAAGAUUGGGCAGAUUGGUAUGCAAGAAGACUUCAAUUUUGUCAAUGGACAAUCAAACUGAAAGUUGGACAUCCAAUGCUUAGGGAAUUAAUUUCAAAGAUUACAACUAUAACGUUGAUUAGAGAACUGACUGGUACAUUAAAUGAUAUUUUAGAUGGUAAGGACGAAGGUAAUGAUGUUAUGAAUUGGACAGGUCCAGGAAUUUUUACAGAUCAUAUCUUCCAAUACAUUAAUAUAAUUUUACAACUGAAAAGUAACAAUAAGAAACAAAAAGUUGAACAAAUGAUUGAUAAUAAUUUCUUUAUGAAAUUGGAACAACCUGUGGUAAUUGAUGAUACUAUGAUUUUACCAAUCACUAGUUUCAGUCCAGUUGAUUAUAUAAUGGGUGCUAAGGGUACCAGUGACCCCAUGAGCUUAGUUUUACACGUCUUUUCUGGUAGCUGGAAAGACUCUGAUCAUUCUCAACUGAACUCAGUGUCUACAACAACAGCAUCAGAAGUUAAUAGUUAA